UUUUUUCCCUUUUCCUGCUCCCAUUUUAUACAAAACAGCAUUAAAAUCUAUUGAAGGUUUCUUCAAAAUCUGUAAGAAUAGAUCAUUUCUAUCGCAGACCAGAACUCUUUCUCUCAAAGGAUGCGAUUAAUGAUGGCUAGUUGGCUGUAUAUAGUAACUGUAUUGGUGUAGUGGAGUGAGGAAUAUUUUCAGGGGUUAAACAGCCUACAUAUACAAGUUGCAUGAGCUCUAACCAUACCAAAUGCACAGACACUGUCAACAGACAGUCAGAACGUUUAAGAUCAUCAUUAAAGACUUUUCUCCUUUCCUUCCUCUAUCCCUCCCUCCCUCUCCCUGUCACAUUUAGAAAGAACCAGUGGCAAACUUGCCUGCGAAGGCUGAAGUGAGCGCUUGUAUUACUACCUGGUGGAUUGUUGUUAUGCAUGGAUAAUAUAAAGAUAGCAUUACUAUAUCAGAAUUCUAAAUGUAUGCAGUACCAAAUGGUAUGAAAACUAAAUAUUAGCGUUACUAAAGUGCUGCAGUACUUCUUUAGCUGUCCUUGGCCUUGUUUUGUGCCAGUGCAAUACUCGUGUACUUUUUGCCGGAGGUGGUGCAGGAGAGGCAUUUGAAAUGGUCCUGGGCAUACAACCUCCACCAGUUCACCAGAUGAACUCCCACUUUUCGCGAAUUUAUCUAAUAUUUCUCUUCUGUAUGAUUGUGACUGAUCAGCAGACAGGUCAAAAAAUCCAGAUAGUGACAGCAGUCGACUCAACUGUGUCUCCAAAGCAACAGUUUAUUUUAGCCAGUCCAGAUGGAACUGGUGCGGGAAAGGUGAUUUUGGCAGCACCUGAGACAUCUAAUGCCAAACAACUUAUCUUUACCACUGCAGACAACAUUGUGCCAGGCAGAAUUCAGAUAGUGACAGACUCUGCUUCGGUGGAACGUUUGCUGGGAAAAGCUGAUGUUCAGCGGGCCCAGGUAGUAGAAUAUUGCGUGGUCUGUGGUGAUAAAGCAUCAGGUCGUCACUAUGGUGCUGUCAGUUGUGAGGGAUGCAAGGGUUUCUUUAAAAGGAGUGUGAGGAAGAAUCUGACCUACAGUUGUCGUAGCAACCAAGACUGUAUCAUCAAUAAACACCAUCGGAAUCGCUGCCAGUUCUGUAGGCUUAAGAAAUGUCUAGAAAUGGGCAUGAAAAUGGAAUCGGUUCAGAGUGAAAGAAAGCCUUUUGAUGUGCAGCGUGAAAAACCGACCAACUGUGCAGCUUCCACUGAAAAAAUAUAUAUUAGAAAAGACCUACGAAGCCCUCUAAUAGCAACUCCAACAUUUGUUGCAGAUAAAGAUGGGGCACGGUCUGCAGGUCUUCUUGAUCCAGGAAUGCUUGUGAAUAUUCAACAACCUCUGAUCAGGGAUGAUGGUACCAUCCUCCUAGCUGCUGACUCUAAAGCUGAGACAAGCCAGGGUGCUUUAGGAACACUAGCAAAUGUUGUAACAUCUCUUGCUAAUCUCAGUGACUCGCUAAAUAAUGGAGAUACUUCUGAAAUUCAACAAGAAGAGCAAUCUGCCAGUGAAAUUUCACGGGCAUUUGAUACUUUGGCCAAAGCACUCAAUACCACAGAUGGUACAGCAGCUCCUAACUUGGCAGAUGGAAUGGAUCCUACAGGAGGAGGGAAUAUUCAUGUAAUUAGUAGAGACCAGUCGACGCCAAUUAUUGAAGUGGAAGGACCCUUACUUACAGAUACGCACGUUACAUUUAAGCUGACAAUGCCCAGUCCGAUGCCAGAGUAUCUUAAUGUACACUACAUCUGUGAGUCAGCAUCACGGCUACUGUUCUUAUCUAUGCACUGGGCUAGAUCCAUACCUGCAUUUCAAGCACUUGGCCAGGAGUGUAAUACAAGCCUUGUGCGUGCCUGCUGGAAUGAGCUGUUUACCUUAGGCCUGGCACAGUGUGCGCAAGUGAUGAGUCUGUCAACUAUCCUAGCAGCUAUUGUCAACCAUCUUCAGAACAGCAUACAGGAAGAUAAGCUUUCUGGAGACAGGAUAAAGCAAGUCAUGGAACACAUCUGGAAACUUCAGGAGUUCUGUAACAGCAUGGCCAAGAUUGAUAUUGAUGGAUAUGAAUAUGCAUACCUUAAAGCUAUAGUCCUAUUUAGCCCUGAUCACCCUGGUCUGAACAGUUCAACCCAAAUAGAAAAAUUCCAGGAGAAGGCACAGAUGGAAUUGCAGGACUAUGUACAAAAAACCUAUCCAGAAGAUACUUAUAGGCUAGCCCGGAUUCUAGUUCGCCUGCCAGCACUUAGGCUGAUGAGCUCUAGCAUUACUGAGGAACUAUUUUUCACUGGUCUCAUUGGAAAUGUUCCAAUUGACAGCAUAAUCCCCUACAUUCUCAAAAUGGAAACAGCAGAAUACAAUGGUCAAAUAACUGGCACGUCUGCAUAGUGGGAGCAACACAAUUUGGAGGAUCAAAGUAAUUUUCACAGAAACGUACAGUUAAGAAGUGAAUAACAUUUUGGUAUGUACAAAUAUUUCCAACUUGUUACUGUUUCCUAUCGGAUUUGUCUUUGUCUGUUUGCUAACACCGACAAGAUUGAAGCAGCUAUUGAAAGAGCAGCUACUGGACCUUUUCUGCCGUAAGGAGUAUUUCCGUGCCUUUCAUUCAGAAGGCUAUAGGUUGCUGAACGUACUUCUCACGUGAUUUGUAUUUAGAAAUUAUCACUGGUUAAAAAUAGAGUUUUAUAAUAUCAGAGAUGAGUAAUAAGAUGACUUCAAAAGUAAAAAUGAACAGUAUAGGUAGAUUUAAAAAUAUCCUUGAAAUUAAUAUCUAAGAAUUGCUGGGGUAUAAUACUAGCACUUUGUAAGCACUUCUCAUCAAAGCGAUGAUGUCAACAUCCUGUGUAUGAGUAGGAAGGAUGAAAAAAUUGCAUAUGUCCUUAGUAAAAAUGCUAGUGAUGUCUGUGAAAAUGUAGAAUGCUACAGGAGACAAUCAUUCCACAAAAAGUCACUUGCUUCUAUGUUAUACAUUAAAUAAUAAUGUGGAUUCUUGGAUAUCCAUGUUAUAAAGAACCAUACUGUUAAAUUAGGGCAGUUGUUACUAACAGCAUGAAUUGAUUGUAGUGACUGCUACGUACUACAGAAAUGACCAAAACUAGGAGGAAAAAAAAAAAGUUUCUUCAGUAAUGGAGAGUUCUUCAGGUUCCUUAAAGUUUCUGUUCAGCUCAAAAUUGGUGAUAAAUAUCAUCCUAAUAGGAAGCCUUUUGAUUGUGGAAAAUAAUCAGUCAUUAACUGGAAGAGCAGUUGUUUUCAAAUAGAGGUGCCCUUUUAGAAUGGUCUGUGUAUCUGCAGACUUGCUCCUUCUAUCUGUACUCCUGCACACUCACUCAUCCGGAAAAACCUGGAAAAUUGAGAACCUCUGGCUGUCAACAAGAGAACGCCAUAAAGCUCUCAAUUUUUUCUGCCCCCUUAUCAGACAAAGCACUUCCAGUUUUGCAGCGAUUCCAGCUGCCUUACGGCUCAAUUUGAGAAUUUGGGAUUUACUACUUUAUGUACGGUUGCAGUUAAUGACUGAUAUAGUGAUAAAAUGAAUGACUUUUUUAAUAAUCUAGAGUGAUGAGGCAUCAACAUGAUUUCUUGUACUGGUCAUUACCUGCUAGCAUUGCUUUUAGUUAAGUAUAAUUUAUUAUAAUUGACAUUAAGUAUUUUAAACAAA